AUGGAUGACGUACAAGAUGGUAUUGACAUAAUAGUUCAAAUAGAUGACCCACGUGAUCCGCAAUCAAAACGCGUAUUAGCUAAAUUAAAUCCUGGAGAAAAUUUAUUAAAUAAUCGUAAAAAGCUUGAGCAAAAUAGCAAAGUUAAAAUGAAUGAUACAUUUUCAUUUACAAAUAAAGUCGGUCAAAUCGAUAACAACAAUAUUUUAGCUGAAAUAGCAAAAGAAGAUGAAGAAAGAAUAAUUUUAGAAAAAAUUAUAAAUAAGGAAGACAGAAUUUUAUAUUUAAAGUCAGAACCUGAUUGGAAAUUUUUAAAGGAUAGACAUAAAUUAGAAUAUGGGAUUACUUUAACAUUAGAAAAGGCUAAUAAGAAAGCGUUUACAAUAAUGGAGGAUUGUAAAAUGACUGAAAUUGUUGAUGGUUGCAAAUAUAGUACAAUUGAAAUUGAUUCGGAAGAGGAUCAAAUUAUGAAAAAUGAUUUACUUUUAGCUGCGGACAUUAACACAAAAGUUUUUGUAAAUUUAAGUACAUCAUUUGAAAGAUCUAAAAUUACAAAAUCUAAUUGUAACGCUAAUUUAGCUUGUACCAUAAGUGAAUAUGGUAAAGCAUCUUUAAAAUUUAGAUUGCAACCAGAUGUAGAAUUUAUUAAAGAAGUAAAAGAUGCUAUAGAAUCUAAAGAUCCUAGGAAUUUUAAGAAAAUCAUUGAGGAAUAUGGUCAAUUCAUUCCAACAGAAAUUACGUUGGGUGGAAGAGCUUAUUUUAAGAGGUCAAAUAUUUCAAGGCAUUUUUCUGAAGAAAACCCUAAAAAACUUAAUAUAAGUACAGGUAGUCAAGGCUCAAAUAUCAAAAUAGAAAGUAAUACUGAAAAUUUAAUCAAUAAUAUUAAUAAUUCCAAACGUGAAUGUUUUAAAUUAGUUGGAGGGCAAAAUCUUAAUAUUAAUAAUUUUGAUGAAAAAGUUUGGGCAGAAUCUCUAAAGGAUUUCAGGUAUUGGAGUUGCAUAAAAUUUAAGAAUCCAAUUAGCAUUUUUCAACCUCUAUCUGAAAAUUUGCGUAAACAGAUCUUAUUAUCAAUCGGAAAAAAAAUACUUUAUACUAAUACUGAAGAUCAUAAGUAUUUUUUAGUUGAAUAUGCAAAACCAAGAGUAUUUGGAUUAGACAUACCAGAAAAUAUUUUAAAAAUUAUACAAAAUAAAGAUGCUGGUUGUAGCAUCUUUGCAACGGUAAUUGACAAAAAGGAAAAAGAUAUUUUUAAUUGUCAAGUCAUUUGGUCACAAAAUGAAGACCCAAGACUUGUAAUUCACUGUAUUCAAAAAAAAUUUAAGCAACGUAAAUGCAAAUUGAGAAUUAGUUGGAUGGUUAUUGGCUACGACUUAAAUUUUGAUCUUAGUCAUUCAGAAUUUAAUAUUCAAUUAAAAGUUCAAAAUGAAUAUUUUAAAGCAACAGGUCAUCAAACCAUAAUUAAAUCAUUAGAUUUGGAAGAUAAUUCAUCAGUUCUUUGUCUUGGAAUCCCUGUACUAAGCAAGUUAAAUUCUUCAAAUGAUUCUCUUGUCAUUAAUCAUCAUUUUUUUAAUGAUCAAAAUAAUGAAAAAAUUGGAUUGCAUGCAUUUUCUUAUUGUUUAGAAAAAAAUCAUUAUGUAAAUUUACCUGAUUUUACUUUUACUAUACUCAUUAUUUCAUCUUAUCCUAAUUCUGAUGAUUAUGGAAUAUUACCCAUUAAAAAUAAUAAUAAGAUAAGAAAUCUUAUUAAUUCUAUUAAACAUAAUCCAUUAAAACAGCAGAGACCAAAAUUUAUAAGUUUAUAUUCUAUGGGAGAAAAUUGUGGUUUAAAUUUUCUAAAACAAAAAAUUAAUCAAAUUAAAAUAAAAUCUAUUGAUACUAAUUGUGAUCAAGAAGAUUGUGUUUGUAAAAGUAAAAAAAAGAAAUCGGAGAUUAAUCUGAAAUACGCAUUCUUAAAUCCAAUUGAGAUUAAGACUGUGAAAAGAGAAUCACCUUGGCUACUAAGAAAUUAA